AUGACCUCAGAAGUGCUUCCCUUUUCCUGCGCUGUAGUGACGGGUGGAGGCGGCGGUCUUGGAAAAGCGUUGUCAUCCUACCUCAUAUCCAAGGGCAAAAGGGUCAUUCUGGCCGGUAGAACUGAGUCCAAUCUCCGAGAAACUAUGGAGGAAAUAGGCGCGACCGAUUACUUUGUCUUAGACACGGGCCGAGUCGAUCAAAUUCCUUCCUUCAUCGCUGAAGUCACGAAGAAACACCCAGACCUUGACUGUCUCAUCAACAAUGCAGGAGUUCAACGUCCUCUGCAAGUUCUCAAGGACCAACCUGAGACCUUCCUUGAGAAAGCCGAUGAAGAGAUCAAUAUCAAUAUCCGUGGCCCGAUGCAUUUAACGCUAGGCCUACUGGAACACUUCAAGAACCGGCCAGGCGGAGCGACAAUCAUGAACGUCUCUUCCCUGUUAGGCUUUGUCCCUUUUUCGGUCAUCAACCCGGUUUAUUAUGGGACAAAGGCGUGGUUACAUUUUUGGACGAUGAACCUUCGCUCGCAACUCGCCAAAGGCGGAUACGAUAGCAUCAAAGUCAUUGAAAUCAUCCCGCCAGCGGUCGGAACUGAUCUUCACAGAGAUCGAGAAGAUCCAGAUGACAGCAAAAAGCACAAAAAUCCCAAUGCAUUAUCUAUCGAGGAGUUCAUGGAUAUCGUCUGUCCCCGCUUAGAGAGGGGUGACGAGGUCAUUGCGCCAGGAAUGAGCGAGAAUGUCGUCGAUCGAUGGUAUAAAGCAUUUGGAGAAACCUAUCAGCGUCUCUCUGCCCCGUAA